ACACGGACCCCAUCAGUUUAUUGAGCAAUAUCUACCUCAACCUCAACGCUCGUGGUCUGACUGUGCAGUGACUGAGGAAUAGUUCCAACUUCCUCGAACUUGUUAGUUUAGUUUCGUUUCCUUCGUAUAACGCAGCUGCUGAUCGACACAUUUCUCCAUUUUGCUGGAGUCGUUUGUCUGGCUAGCCUACAUCUCCGGGAUAAAGAAUUUGGGUCAGACACAUUGUAGGCUAUUAUAUUAGUUUGAAAAUUGAAUAAUAGAAUCAGUCAAAAUGAAGAAGGUACUUCUGUUCGUGUUUAUACUCUGCGCUAUUGUCUCAGCUCUGGCAUCUGCUCAAGAGGAUACCAAAAGAUCCAAACCGUCUGCAACUGUCUUCCCCCCCUUUGAGUUUGGUACCACGUCCAACACUUCCACUACCACAACCUCUACUACAACUACGACUGCAUUACCCACCACAGAAUCCCAGAAUAAUACCAGCACAGCAGCUCCUACUACAACACUUACACCCACUACGACUGCAUCCAACAGCACCACAGCUGCCCCCACAACAACAAAUGCCACCACAGCUGCCCUCACAACAGCCAAUACCACCACAGCUGCCCCCACAACAGCCAAUGCCACCACAGCUGCCCCCACAACAGCCAAUGCCACCACAGCUGCCCCCACAACAGCCAAUGCCACAACAGCCAAUGCCACCACAGCUGCCCCCACAACAGCCAAUGCCACCACAGCUGCCCCCACAACAGCCACUCCAAAACCGGAGCCCACCCCUCCUGCUAACCUGACCGUGGGAAACUACACUCUCAAGUCGGAGAAGGGUCUGUGUCUGAUGGCCCAGCUGGCCCUGCAGAUCAGAGUGGAAGACACUGGAAAGACAGGGGUAUUCAUCGUUCAACCAGUGCAGACACAUGUUAAAGGGGGCUGUGACAAAUCCACGGCCAACUUAACCCUCACGUUCUUGGAGGGCUUCAUCACCUUCAUGUUUAAUAAGAACACCACCCAAAACGCUGUCUAUGUCGACACGGUUUCUUUCUCUCUUUCCUACCCGUUAAUAUCUGGAGACAACGGCAAAAUGUCUCUACCCUACGUCGCCAAAAAUGGGUCACUGGAUCUCUUCCACGCUAAGGUUGGCCACUCCUACUCCUGCAAGAGCGAAUCAGUUUUCAUGGGAAAAGGGCUCUAUCUGGACAUCACCCAGGACAGGAUACAGGCCUUCAACAUCACCAAGGAGUGGGACUUCGGCACAUCUGACCCCUGCCCCGCCGACAGACCUGCUGACUACCGCGUGGCCAUUGCUGUGGGGAUUGUCCUCCUUAUCCUCAUCAUCAUCGUGGUGGUGGCCUAUCUCCUGAGCAGGCGAAAAAGAUCAGAUGGCUACCAGUCCCUCUGAAGAGCCACUUUGGGGUCAAAGGGCGCACUGUAUCAGCUCACAGUCUCAAUACACCCACCAUCGUGUUUUGUCACUUGCUGUUAACACUGCUGUAACCACAACUGUUCACACAUCAACUAAUUGUACCGCACACACACAAACUAUCUAACUGUACCGCACACACACAAACUAUCUAACUGUACCGCACACACACAAACUAUCUAACUGUACCGCACACACACAAACUAUCUAACUGUACCGCACACACACAAACUAUCUAACUGUACCGCACACACACAAACUAUCUAACUGUACCGCACACACACAAACUAUCUAACUGUACCGCACACACACAAACUAUCUAACUGUACCGCACACACACAAACUAUCUAUAUGGAUACGACGAGGGAAUAUUUCAGCGUUGUAGACCGGCAGUUUCAUUUAAGUUGAUUUGUACAUUCAUUAAUUGAGGCGGAUCAUAUGUAUUGGAUCAGAUACUAGGUUUAAAAUAUACUGACUUUGAAUAUACUCACUCUGAACUCUUUGGCUGCUGAACAUUUUAGAUUGUGUCAUUUGUGCUACUGGGAUAUCCGGUGCUACUGUGAUAUCCGGUGCUACUGUGAUAUCCGGUGCUACUGUGAUAUCCGGUGCUACUGUGAUGUCCGGUGCUACUGUGAUGUCCAGUGCUACUGUGAUAUCCGGUGCUACUGUGAUAUCCGGUGCUACUGUGAUAGCCGGUGUUACUGUGAUGUCCAGUGCUCGACAAACCAUCAACUAUUGUGUCUGUAUUUGUUUUACCUUCUACGUCAGAAACUUUCAGUGCAGUAUUUCACAAUGUGCUUUCUACUAUAGCUGGAUUUUGAACCUAUGCUGUCUUGUUUUUCUUUUCUUCUUCUUCUUAAUUUCUUUGUGUUGUUUGCCCUCAACCCUUUAGAACGGCCUAUUAGGCUAUUUGAUUUCCGAAUCGUAAUCUAGAUGAGGUUAAUCAUGGGCCUUUAAAAAAAAAAAAUGUAUUCCACUCAGUUAAUUAAAGGGAAUGUUUCAGGUUUUAAAUGUAAAGUUUUGUCCAAAAGGGAGGCAUACUUUUGAAUGUAAAUCGCAAUUAGUGUUUUCAAUUUCUUGUCUAUUUGUCUCAAGUGUUUUGUUGACCAUUAUUUGCUAUUACACACUCUUUCCCUUGUGAUGUGGUAAUAAUUUGGUAUGUAAACAUGUUUGAGAACAUUUUAUUAGUCGAAUGUGACAACCAUAAGUAAUUGCAGGACCACUGAGUGUUUAUCUUGUCAACUUUGACAGUGGUCAGAUAGCUUGAGGUAGAAGUUGCCUUUAACCACAGAUAUAGAAUCAGAUGACCUAAACCGGCCAAUCAUAAGGAGGGAAAAAGGAAUAAAAAUAUAUGACUCUGGGGCAAAUUGCAUUGUAAGGGAUUACAUUUGGGAUCAGAAAAGCACAUUGAACAAGUUCUGACUCAUCUAAACAUAGGGAAUAUUACUGUUCUAUGUUGCCACAGUUACAGGUUCCUAAUGUUGAUUAUGGCCUCAAUUACGUUUCUUUUAGUUUAAUUUAGGAACCAUUUAUUUUGAUUUGUUUACAUGUUAUUAUGUGCCAUGUAUCAUCUUGGAAAAAAAGGUUGAGAAAUGAAAACAUCCCAAAUAAACUUGUAUUAAUGUGUAAA